AUGGCAUUACGCUCCUUUUAUCAAAAGACGAUCGUACGAACGGCGUUCUUCUUUACAGUCCUUUUCUUUUGCAGUUACUUGAUUCCCCACAACUUGUCAUUGCGCUCUCUUUCCUCUCCCUCCUCCUCCUCAACAAGGUACUCGAUCUCCUCCAAUGUCGAUCCCACUCGAUGGUCUAAUGCAAGCCAGCCUCGUCAACCUAAUCCGCACUUCAAUGCCGCCUAUGUAACCUUGACAAAGAGCGAUGCCGAGUCUUUGGGCAACUUGCGAAAAACAAUACGCAACCUUGAGGAUAGUGUGAACCGUGAGCGUGGAUACCCAUACAUUAUCUUUUGCAGCGAGCCAUUGAGCCGGGAUUCAAGAGAACUCGUUCGAGCAUUGACACAUGCAGAUGUGGAAUUUUAUGACCUGGAUUCGACCAUGUAUGGCUACAGUGAUACCGUUGAUCUCGACAAGGCUGCCGAAGCUCGUAGGAGGAUGAGUGAUGUGAUCUUUGGUGAUGAUGAGAAUUAUCGUUUCGCUUCCAGAUUCAUGGCUGGUGUCAUAUUCAGACAUCCUGCAUUACAGCACAUUGAUUAUUAUUGGCGAUUUGAGACUGGUACCGAAUACGUAUGCCCACUGGACUUUGACCCAUUCCAAUACAUGUACGAUCAUCAAAAGAAGCUCAGCUUUUCCAUGGCAUUGUACGAGUAUGAGGAGACGAUUCCAACCUUAUUCACGACCAUCAUGGAAUUUGCAAACAUGAACCCUGAUUUGGUCCAACCCAUGGCCAACAAGAACAGUCUAUGGCACUUCAUCAUCGAUUCCGAGACAAAAGUGUUCAAUCGCUGUCAUUUUUGGAGCAAUUUCCAGAUUGCAGAUCUAAAUUUCUUCCGAGGAGAGGCAUACCAGGCUUACUUUGAUCACAUUGAGAAAGCAGGCGGUAUAUUCUAUGAGCGAUGGGGUGACCCGGUAAUCCAAUCGCUUGGUGCGGUGCUCUUGCUCGAGAAGAAUGACGUACAUUUUUGGGAUAACAUUGGAUAUCGAGUGGCCGAUUACUUUACCCAUUGUCCUUCAGAUAAGGCGCUAUACAAAAAGUGUAGUUGUAGGCCUGAGCAGAACUUUGAUUUUGAUGGUUAUAGUUGUUUAAGAUACUUUUAA